ACAUUGCAAUGAGCACUCCAAAGAACCAGUCUGAAAUAAUGCGAGUACUGUAUCAAACAGCGCACCUGGUGUAGGUAACAAAAGACACUACGUCAAAGGGGUUAAUGAAGCGUAGCUCUGGAUAAGUUGGAUAACUGUGGGAUACAAACAAUGACAUCAAAGGGAGACAAUGCGAAAUAAGGGGAAACAAUUUCAUGUACAUUAGACAUUGCUUUUAAAUGUCCAACACCAGUCUACACUAGGCGAUAGUGUGGUCAAUAUAAGACAUUUUAAGCAUAUGAAGGUUGACGUGCCUGAAGUGACUUAUGUAUGACUGACUUAUAUGACUUAAGUCAAAGGGUUGUUGAAAGCAACGAAGUUUGAAAUAUUAUUCCUAGUUCAUUUUUUUCCUUGACCACCUGUUACAAUCUUGGCUCGGUUUACAUUCGCAAUACCAAAGCAGAAAAAAGGCGGGACUGUCUGUGACAUCUUAUAAGUCAGCGAUGCUUUGGGUCACCUUGACACUAGUGUUUUUGAUGAUUAGUGGAGGUCAAGGCCAAGACGACUGCCUCAAUGGAGAUAUACUCUAUAAAGACGGAGACUUGAUGUAUGACGAUUGCUUCCCUUGUUGGUGUGCCAACGGAAGUCAAAGGUGCUAUUGGCAGACUUGUGAAAACUCGGAACCUAAGGAUACAUGUGUCUAUGAUGGAGAAGUCUAUCUCCAGGGGGAGCAGGUGCCAGUCCCAUGUCUGCAGUGUUUCUGUCUUGGAGGAAUGGCGAUGUGCGCCAAACUACCUUGUUUUAAUGAAUCUUUGUUGCCCAGCAGCAGUGGUGAAGACUGUGGUUUUAGUGAUUCAAUCGGUUGUGGUCAGUGUUAUUGUGUCAAAGGGCUGUCACUGUGUUCUAUCACUGACUGUCCAGAUGACUCUGCCAGCGAGACGUGUCACGUGAACGGACUUGUUUAUCGAGCCGGCGCUUUGAUUCCAGACCCCGAGGACACUUGCACCUGUUUCUACGGAAUUGUGCACUGCAUCAGAGGCGUCCAGUACCUGCCGUAGGAGGACUCGUGACACAACCUAUUACGAACAGUGUCAUUGGCAAAAUAUGUGUUUCUUAGUCCAAUAAAUAAAAUAACAAGUUUACAUUGA